CAGCCAGCCAAAACGCUCAUUGCCCGUGCUGUCGUGCGGCUUGGAUUGUUGUGGAUUGGAGCAACUCGCACCCACUCCUCACUCCUGUCUCAGACUUCCGUCGACCAACCGUGUCAUCGAUGACCUGUGACAUGACGAUGCUGGCACUGGCAGUGCUGGUGGCGUGCGCCUUUUGUGUCAACGCUCAGAAUGCGGCGCCAGAGCCGGAGAUGCGCGCCGUGAAUGGCAGCUUGGAAAUCCAUGUGCAGCAAGGAAACGCAGUCUAUGCCGUGGAGCACUCAGGCUCGGGCGAGUCCACACGCCUUGACCUCCUACAACUGCUGCGGCGCGUGACACCGCUGGAGGAGCGUCAGGACAAGACCGACUGGCGACUGAAUGCCACCGUCGAUGCCAUGACCAGCGCCGUCGAGAGGCUGCGUGAGCGUGGUGACGACUUGGGCCGCCGCACCAACACGUCCAUCGCUGCCCUCGAGGCCGAGCUGACAUCCACCAUCAACACCAAGACGCAGACCCUGGCGACGGCCGUGGGCGAGGACAUACACAGCCUGCGCGCCAACAUCACCGCCACCAUGUCUCAGCUGCGCGCAUCCGUGGACAGCGAGCUCUCCGAUCAGCGGUCUGCCAUUAACGACCUGUCUGGUCAGGUCACUGCCAUCACGGAUCAGCUCGUGCCGCGCAUGCAAGCACUGGAGAUGCAGCUGCAGGCGCUGCAACCCGUCCUCGACACCUUUGCCGGCUGCACCAACAUUGCAGCAUAUGCCAAGGUGGACGGUACGUGCUACCCGACGAGCGGCGUGUGCCCGGACCCCGUUGUCAUGGAGGGUGUCACAAUCACCAUCGCCACCUCUGUUCAACCGGAUGUGAUUGAGUACGUCCCGGGCACGCUCGUCAACUUUGCCUGUCCAGACGGAUACUACUUGCCCGGCGACGACACCGCCACUUGCCUGCGCACUCUGGAGUGGAGUCGGGAUCCACCCGAGUGCAAGCAGCUGACCGUGUGUCGCCCUUCCGAAUACGUCAAGACACCGGCCACCUCCUCCACGGACCGCGAGUGCGAGCAAUGCCCGCCAAACACGUUUAGCAGCACGGACAACGCUGCCACGUGCGCGUCGUACAGCACGUGCGGCGUCAACAAGUACGCCUCCGUCGCCCCCUCGCCCACAAACGAUCGCGGGUGCACCCCGUGCCCAUCUGGACAGGUGCAGCCCAGCAGCUCCUACACAGGCAACACGUGCUAUGUGUACCGCAAGCUGCCAAUUGCCAGCUGCUCUGCGUCGUCUGAGUACAGCAGCACCUACCGCUGCUCCAACGCAUUUAACGGCGUGUUUGCGGACGGAGGCAACGCUUGGGCGACAAGCGGGCAGGGCACCGGCUCCUGGAUCCGGUUCAACUUUCCGCAGAACGUGCGGGUGACGCGCAUGCGCUACCAGCAGCGCAGUUGCAGUUGCGAGUGGUACAGACAACUCCGUCUCGACUUCAACGACGGGUCGUCACGCACCCUCGACCUGCCCAACUCGCAGGGGCCCAUCAACAAGGACUUUACGUACACGGGCGCUGCCACCUCUGUGAAGGUCACGGGCACGCAGGUCUACACGACGACCAACAACGGCUUCAACGAAGUGGAGUUUUACGGCUUCAUCGUCUGA